ACGCGCGCUGGCGCUGUGAGUCUCGUGCGUGAACACUAAAAAUCUCCUGAGCCGAAAACUGCCUCGUAUUUCGUGGAAAAUGCCUCUUGAAUUUGAAAUUGCUCCAGGAAGGAUGAUCGGAAACGAUCAUCCUUGUUUCAUUAUUGCUGAAAUUGGACAAAAUCACCAGGGAGAUAUCAACAUUGCGAAACAACUCAUCAAAGUAGCGAAGGAUGCUGGAGCAGACUGUGCCAAGUUCCAGAAGAGCGAGCUGGAUUUCAAAUUCAACCAGGCCGCCCUUGAGAAACCAUACACAUCAAAGCACUCCUGGGGCAAGACCUAUGGCGAGCACAAGAGGUUCUUAGAGUUCAGUCAUGAUCAGUACAGAGAGCUCCAGGCGUACUCCAAAGAGAUUGGCAUCUACUUCACAGCAUCGGGUAUGGACGAGAAAGCCGUUGAAUUUCUGGAUUCCAUCAACGUGCCUUUCUUCAAGGUCGGGUCAGGGGAUACCAAUAACUUGCCUUACAUUGAGAAGGUGGCUAAGAUGAAUAGAGCUAUGGUGGUAUCAUCUGGGAUGCAGUCCAUGGAAACCAUGACAAGGGUUUACGAGACAUGCAAGAAGUACAAUGAUAAAUUCUGUAUACUCCAGUGCACCAGUGCCUACCCUCUCCAUCCUGAAGACGUCCACCUCAGGAUUAUACAGGUAUUCCAAGAGGCUUUCCCUGACAUACCCAUUGGUUAUUCCGGUCACGAAGGGGGUCUCUCCAUCACCCUAGCAUCCGUUGCCUUGGGGGCAAAGGUCGUGGAGCGACACAUCACCAUGGACAAGUCAUGGAAGGGCAAUGACCAUGAAGCAUCCCUCGAUCCUGAGGAACUGGCUGAGCUUGUGAGAGAGAUCCGUAUCGUAGAGAGGUCACUGGGGUCAAGGGUCAAGGAGAUGAGAGAGUGCGAGCUGCCAACGUUCAACAAGCUUGGGAAGAGCGUUGUAGCUGCCAAAGACAUUCCAGCCGGUACCGUCAUCACGGAGGACAUGCUGACCGUCAAGGUAGCCGUACCCAAAGGCAUUCUUCCUGAAACCAUCUAUAACCUGUUGGGUAAACGUACGGCCAAAGCUCUUAGCUAUGACGACUCUGUGGAACAGGAUGCUAUAGUAUGGGACUAGACUCAUCAUCACAGUUUGUACUUAUCAAGGGUGCCAGUUUAUCAGGCUUUGACCUAAUUUAAUUCCCUAUCGUCUCUCAGAUCUAUGUACAUGUUUUUAGGCCCUCAUGCUUCAUCUAUGAAAAUAUGAAUGGCCUAACAUGUCUGAGAUUCUUUAUAGACUUGGGUAAAACCGACUGGCAUCCAUAACUUAUUUACAGCUCUGAUAUUCCCCCUAUUUAACCCCCUCCGUGCCAUAGGUAGCAAAUCCCGCCCACCGUUUCAUUUCAAUGCUGCAGCAAAACCUGCUCAGGCUAUUACAACAAAAUCAAGUGUUUUCUUCCUGCACCGAACAGUGGUACAUACACAGAGAAUAUCAUUCCCAUGGAUCUUCUUUCAUGUUGAAUUUAAUAAAAACCAAAAAUUAAAAUUGAUAUUUUACUAAUGAAAGUUGAUUUAUGAUAAUUGGCACAGAAUGGGUUAAGGGUGUAGAGACAGAGUAGAAAUGUAUCUUCAGUGAACCAGUACUUUUAGAUUUGAACCUUGACUGCCUUCGCAUUUUUACAUCAUUCUAAUUUAAUUUCAUUACAAUGAAAUACAAAUAUGAGCAGGAAACGGAACGUAUUUCAUGUAAAUGAAUUUGUUGAGCCCACUUUGCCUUUCAUUUUAAAUCUCAUCACAAUGAUUUUAUCAACAAGUAGAUACAGAAUUGCUCAAUAUAAUCAUUGAUUUUUGUAAUUUUAGGUUUUUACAUUUGUAUCGUUUUUCCAUAGCAACAGGUGCUUAGUGCAUGAAAAGAAGAAUAAUUUGUUCUACCCUUAUGGUUAUUUAACUUUGUGUUUGUUAUAUGUUUAUUUACUAGCACUAAAAGGUUACAUAUGAGACUUAGCAUGUCUUUUGUUAACUCUCUGCAAGUUUUAUUUAAGAUAUAAAGUUUGAGCUUUACUCUGGUAUUUAAUUAGCUGAACUUAAGUUGUUUUUUUUCUUUUGCAAUACGUGCCUGAUACUUCAAAGUUUCUAAUGUCAAUUACUGCUACUGGAAUAUCUUGUACAGUGCAUUUGAAUGUGGAUGCUAGUUAUAGAUUAGACAUUUUUGUUUUGUUUUGUUUCAUGUCUUUAAAAUGAAAAGUGAGUGUGUAGAUUUAUCAAUUACACCCUAAAUGAAUUCAGUUCUUCGUUUAGGCAGCUGAACAAACAUUUUCAUCACAUUAUGACAUCGAAAGUGUGUCACUCAUUGAUGAAUUAUUGAGAGCAGGAUUUGUGCGAUGCUUGAUAUUUGCACCGUGUCUAUUUGACAGAUUCAACUUCAAUUUUGUUUAAGGAGAAACCCACCAUUUUGCCUUUUUUCGAUUGAUUUUUAUGAAAGCUGGGUAAGAUUUUAUUCUAGCUUGAUAUUUGCAUAUUAUAUCGGACAUUCCUUGUAUGUAGAAAUCUAGGUAGGUUUUUUUUCUAAUUAUUUUGAAUCAUGUUGAUUGUCUAGAUAUCAAUAUAGAUAUAUCUUAUCAUUAUUUGUUGAGAAUAUUUGCAUGAAUUUUUGUUGUGAUUUAAUCAAUUCAUUGUGUUAAACAUGAUGGUGCAUCCAAGAUGAUUGAAUAAAUUUCUAAAUUAAAUUAAA